AUGGAGCUCCCACCCCCACGCCUAGUGUGGGGGCUCGGCCAGCUGCUCGGCUUCUGGCUCCUGAGCUAUGAGCAGUACUUCCAGGGCACUCUCAUCCUGCUGGUCCUGACUCUGUUCCUACUGGUCGGCUUUCUGCACCUGGACUUGGGUUUGUUCACACCCCUGGCCCGGGGGACUGCAAAGUCGCCUGUCACCAACAUCAUGUUCCUCAAAACGCACAAGACAGCCAGCAGCACCGUGUUCAACGUGCUCUUGCGCUUCGCGGAAAAGCACAACCUGUCGGUGGCGCUGCCCGAAGGCGCGCACUUCCACCUGGGCUACCCCUGGCUCUUCCUGGCGCGCUACGUGGAGGGCAGCGAGCAGGAGGGUCCCGGCCAGCAGAGACGCUUCAACAUCAUGUGCAACCACCUGAGGUUCAACCCGCCAGAGGUGCAGAAAGUCAUGCCUGAGGACACCUUCUACUUCUCCAUCCUCCGGAACCCGGUCUUCCAGCUGGAGUCGUCUUUCAUCUACUACAAAAGCUACGUGCCCGCCUUCCAGGCCGCGAGGAACCUGAGCGCCUUCCUGGCCUCCCCGUGGACCUACUACAAUAGGAGCGCAAGCCUGAACAACGCCUACGCCAGGAACAACAUGUGGUUCGACUUCGGCUUCGACAACAACGCCUGGCCGGAGGACGGCUACGUGCGCGCGCGCAUCGCGGCGGUGGAGCGGCACUUCCAGCUGGUCCUCAUUGCAGAGUACUUCGACGAGUCCAUGGUGCUGCUGAGCCACGUCCUGCACUGGACGCUGGACGACGUGGCCUACUUCAAGCUCAACUCUCGCAGCCAGAGCAGCGUCACCAGUCUGACUCCCCAGGACCAGGAGCGCGCCAAGCGGUGGUGCGCGCUCGACUGGCACCUCUACCAGUACUUCAACCGCACCUUCUGGGCCAGGAUUCACACAGAGCUGGGCCCACGGCGGCUGCGCAACCAGGUGGCGCUGCUGCAGGAGCGGCGGCACCAGCUCACCGACCUGUGCGUGCAGGACGGGGCACCCAAGAAGCAGUCUCAGAUCAAGGACCUCCAGCUGAAGCCCUACCAGUCCGGGGAGGCUGACAUCCUGGGCUACAACCUGCGGCUGGGCCUGGACAAUGCGACGCUGCAGCUGUGCCAGAGAAUGGUCAUGCCCGAGCUCCAAUACAUGGCUCGCCUGUACGCCCUGCAGUUCCCGGGAAAGCCCCCCAAGACCAUCACAUUUCUGAAGGGGUAGGGCUGGCUCGGGGCAGAGCGCCUGGGACAACGCCCCUAUCUCCGUGCCCCUCUACCCCCUACCGCCUACCCGCCAGUCCGGAGCACCGCCUGGUGCUCAGAGCAGGGCUCUGGGCAGUUGGAAGACCCAGACCUGGCCGAACUGCUGCCCUUUAGGGUGAAGGCACCUAUGAGAGACACUCCCCAGGGUCUUCCCCCUGUGGGCGACCUCUUGGGGAAGGCCUUCCAUCUAGGACGGCAUGCAUGCUGGCCUGGGAAUGUGCUGCCUUGUGUAGUAUCCGUUACAGGUCUCACAAGAAAACAAAAAUGAGUUACAUGUUCACACACUGUCCAUUGAAAGAACUUGGACCCAGGAAACCUGGAGAGGUGUGGACGCCUGGGGCUCAGGUCCUGGGAGGAUGUGACCCCUGGCAGCUGGGACCUUGCUGUUGGCGCAGAGGUUCACAGGCAGAGUAGGACCAUCCAGUAAGCAAGGUGUGCACCAGCUUGCAUUAAAGAAGCUACAAACGGGCUUGGCUGUAUU